CUUCACUCUGAGAGGAGGAGGAGGAUGGUGUAUGAUUGGCCAGGCGGGGACUGGUAGUCCGGAGGCUGGCGUUGAGCUCCGCGUUGAUCCCCGUGUUCUUGUUUACACCUUGCGGACAGGGACAAGACAAGACGCCCAGGAGGGGGGGGGGAGUCCAGUGUGCGACUAUCUGACAGCAUCGUCCCGUGGUCCUUAUUUUGUAUGGUCGCAAACCAAGUUUCUGUUUGCUGGGAAAUCGGACUCUCUCUCUCUCUCUCUCUCUCUCUCUCUCUCUCUCGUCUGAUCCACGUCUCUCCAUACACAGCAGCGAUGCGUCAAACUUUCUGGUGACUUUUGUGGCACCGCUGCUCUGAUGGCUCCGGGUACAAGUAGACCUGGAAAUGAAAUCCACCAGGAAUAGACCCGAUCAAUUGUUUCUUUACGUCCACAGGGUGUGAUAUCUACGGAGCUCCUCAAACUUUGAUUCCGGACGGAAAUUACACCCUUUCAAUCUUCCUCAGACAUCCACACGCUGCUGGGUGAUGGAUGUGUUUUGAGCUUUGUAGCCUGUUUGCGUCAAGAGUGAACUAUUUACCAACACAACGGCACCUAACAUCAGUUACUGGACUUGUUAGUAUUUCCUGAGAAAUCUAUCACCGUCUAAAAGACUUUGCUGGUACAAGAGCCACUUGGUGUGUCAAGAGCACCGCAGGUUACCCCUGUGUGGACGACGAGGUUUCGCAACGGCGUAGCCGGAAAAGAUGCUCUCUGUUCGGACGCAGCGUGACCAAGGUCUCGGUCCUCUGGUUCUUCUCCUCCUGUUUGGGGGAUAUGUCGUGUCUGGCACUGAGAGCAGCGACUACAGCGAGGCCGAGGUCCUCCCCGACUCCUUCCCGUCAGCGCCGGCAGAGCCUCUCCCAGAAUUCCUGCUGGAACCGGAGGACGCUUUUAUCGUAAAGAAUCGGCCGGUCCAGCUGCGGUGCCGGGCGUCACCGGCCACGCAGAUCUACUUCAAAUGCAACGGAGAAUGGGUCAAUCAGAACGAUCACAUCACCAGAGAGAGCCUGGACCAGAUCACAGGUCUGGUGGUGAGGGAGGUGGACAUCUCGGUGUCGAGGACCCAGGUGGAGGAGCUGUUUGGGCUGGAGGACUACUGGUGCCAGUGUGUGGCCUGGAGCUCGGCUGGCACCACCAAGAGCAACCGUGCCUACGUUCGCAUCGCAUACCUGAGGAAAAACUUUGAGCAGGAGCCGCUGGGGCGGGAGGUGCGACUCGAGCAGGAAGUGCUGCUGCAGUGCCGCCCCCCGGAGGGCAUGCCCGCCGCUGAGGUGGACUGGCUGAAAAACGAGGAUGUCAUCGAUCCGUCACAGGAUUCCAACUUCCUGAUCACCAUCGAUCAUGAUCUGAUUAUCAAACAGGCCAGACUCUUAGACACCGCCAACUACACCUGUGUGGCUCGUAACGUGGUGGCCAAAAGACGCAGCAGCACCGCCACACUCAUUGUUUAUGUGAGCGGAGGUUGGUCUUCUUGGACUGAAUGGUCAGAGUGUAACGCUCAAUGCGGGCGGGGUUGGCAGCGACGAACACGCAGCUGCACCAAUCCCGCCCCUCUGAAUGGAGGAGCCUUCUGCGAGGGUCCGCCCUUCCAGAGAGUGACCUGCACCACACUGUGCCCAGUGGAUGGAGGCUGGACAGAGUGGGCAAAGUGGUCUGCCUGCGGGACAGAGUGCACCCACUGGCGCAGUCGCGAGUGCCAAGCCCCCCCACCCAGGAACGGAGGAAAGCACUGCAGCGGCAGCAUGAUGGAGAGCAAAAACUGCACUGAAGGGCUGUGUACACGAAAUAAAAAGAUUUCUAUUGAACAUGCAAGCCAUCCACUGGCCCCAGGUAUGGGUGUAGCGGUCUACGCCGGUCUGGUGGUGGCCCUGCUGCUGUGUGUGAUCCUGGCGCUGUGCGUGGGAGGCCUCGCAUAUCGCCGCAGACGCCGCCAUCUCCACGGAGAUAUCACCGAUUCUUCGUCUGCUCUCACCACCGCCUUCCACCCUGGCAACUACAAGCCUCCCAGACAGGAUAACCCUCACCCUCUGCAUCCCUCAGCUCCUCCCGAUCUCACAGCCACAGCGGGGGCUUUCCGCGGACCCCUCUUCUCGCUGCAGCACGGGGUCAACGACAGCCCCCACAAAAUCCCCAUGACCACCUCUCCCCUGCUGGACCCCUUGCCCAGCCUCAAAAUCAAGGUGUACAACUCCUCCACUCUUUCCUCCCUGGAGCUCCCUGCUGACAUGGUCUCAGGAGACGGGGAGAUCCUCAGCCUGAAGUCGGUAGGCACCGUGGGUAGAGAGCGGGAGUAUCAUAGUCACACCCUGUCCAGAGAGCCCGGGCUGAGCACCAGCGCCACCCUGGGUAACCUGGGAGGACGCCUCACCAUCCCCAACACAGGUGUGAGCCUGCUGGUCCCCCCUGGCACAAUCCCCCAGGGGAAGUUCUACGAGAUGUACCUCAUUAUUAACAAGUGGGACAAAACAACGCUACCCUCUGAGGGCAGUCAGACUGUGUUAAGUCCUGUGGUGAGCUGUGGCCCGUCUGGUAUGCUACUGAACCGUCCUGUGGUCCUCACAUUGCCCCACUGUGCCCAGCUAGACACACCUACACCCGACUGGACCCUCACACUCAAGACUCAGACACACCAGGGGGCCUGGGAGGAGGUGCUGACGGUGGGCGAGGAGACUUUGUCGUCUCCGUGCUACCUGCAGCUGGAGGAGGAGUGUUGUCACGUUCUCAUGGAGCAGCUGGGAACGUACGGCCUGGUGGGCCAGUCCUGCCCCCCGCAGCCGGCCUGCAAACGCCUGCAGCUGGCCCUGUUCGCCCCCCGAGCACCCUGCCUCUCCCUUGACUACAGCCUCCGGAUCUACUGUAUCCAUGACACCCCACAUGCCCUCAAGGAGGUGCUGGAUCUGGAGAGGAGUCUAGGCGGAGUUUUGCUGGAGGAUCCCAAGCCGCUGCUCUUCAAAGACAGCUACCACAACCUGCGCCUGUCCAUCCACGACAUUCCUCACACUCACUGGAGAAGCAAACUUCUGGCCAAGUACCAGGAGAUCCCGUUCUAUCACAUUUGGAGCGGCAGUCAGAGACCACUGCACUGCACCUUCAGCCUGGAGAGAGGCAGCCUGGCCGUGUCGCAGCUCACCUGUAAGAUCUGUGUCCGACAGGUGGAAGGGGAGGGACAGAUAUUCCAGCUGCAUACAGAUAUUCAGGAGACUCUACCACCGCACUCGCCCCUCCCCUCAGGAGGCACCUGCCUGCCUUCCUCUCAAGUGGGACCCUAUGCCUUUCGCUUGCCUGACUCCAUCCGCCAGAAGAUCUGUGCCAGUUUGGAUGCACCCAGCGCUCGUGGGUGUGACUGGAGGCUACUGGCACGCAGUCUGGGCUUUGACAGGUACUUGAACUACUUUGCAACAAAGCCCAGCCCCACAGGUGUUCUGCUGGACUUAUGGGAAGCCUGUCACCAAGGUGACGCAGACCUGGUCUCUCUGGCGACCGCGCUGGAAGAGAUGGGCAAAAGUGAGGUGCUAGUUGUCAUGACAACUGAUGGGGAUUGUUGAUUGGUCAAGGAACAAUAGAGCAAGCCAGACAUUUUUUCCCCCACCGUGAUGAAAAUAAGGAUACCUGCCUAUGAAUAUGCACCCUGGCACACAUCAUAAGCCCACAGAGCAUUUUGGUUCUCUCACAUGCACUGUAUUACCUCUGCCUCAUCUCACUUCUCACCGGCCCGCUGUAGCUACAUCCACCAUAACCUGUCUCCCUGCGAGCCAUCUUAUGACAACUGCUAACCUGAUUCAGCUUGAAUCCUCCAAAGCAAUGUUGCAUCUGCAAGAUGUGAAAGCAUUUUAAGGGUAACGAAGAUAUAAAGUGUGUGUGCUAAUGACUGUCUUCUUCAACGAUUGAAAAUGAUGCUAUUCUUGUACAUAAAUGACAACGCUUUGGAACAAACAACAACAACAAAAAAUAAAAAAAAUCCAUGUAUUCAGCGCACUCAAGCACGCACAAUAACACAGACACACAAAGGCAAACACCAUGUUUACCCAUGUUUCAGUAGCAGCAUGAAAGUGCAUGAUUUAACAUCAUCUCACCUCAUGGCAGGGGCUUUUGUUUCCUCCAUUGUCAUUCUGUGUGGGAAGUGACAGGCAGCACAAACCUGUCUGCGCCCUCCUCAGGCUACAGACACACUCCAACACACACGCGGACAAACUGGUCAUUAAUCGGCUCUGAAUCAGACAGGCUAGGAUUUCUUGUGUAACUGCUUUGACUGCCAGCAAAUCGUAUGAGGACCCAACUCUUAAGGUUUCAGGGCUUGAGCUUAUCGCUUUGGGCUGAGAAAAAAAAAAAAAAAAAAAAAAGGAAUAGAAAGAAUCAAAAAGCUGCCUCUUCUUUGUGGUGGGAGGGUGAAUUGUGAAGUUUGUUUCAGAAUUGGUGGAUAACUACACCAACUGACUCUUUAUAUUGUACCAACAAAUGCCUCAAAGCCUUGGCAUAUCUUUCCGACUCACAGGGGUUUUUCUCUUUCAUCUCUCCUCACAUUCCUCUAUCGCUCCGCCACACUCCUCCGAUCUGUUGAGCAUAAACUGCAGGAGAGCUUUCUGGUCAUCCCUUAAAAGUUUCCUUUGGGGAACGCUCUUUAAGUUAUUAUCCAUAUUUGUGGAUCUUUUUUUUUUUUCUCUCUCUCUCUUUUCAUUGUCAUUGCUGUUACGAUCAUAUAGAACCAGCUUUAUCAUCUGUGCUUGUUUAGGCCGCUGAGCUGCUGUGUAUUAUUUCUGAUUCUAGUAGAGCAGGCCAAAUGGGAGGCUUAGGUGCACAGCGGCUGUCUCAGCUGCGAAUAACAAAACCAUGUUUGUUUGUUAUUCUUAAUAUUGUGUAUCUAUUCGAAAUGUAAAAUAUGAACUGUACAACAUGAUUAGAGGUGGUCAGACGUCCAGGUGAAUAUGCUGUACGCUGUGUUUCAUAGGCAUUUUUUUUUCUUUGCUGUAAGUGAGGGCAGUUCCCACUGUUCAGAAUAGAUUAGCCUUGUCUUGAAUCAACUAGGCAGCAAGGGACCAUCAAAUUUACCUCAACACUAACUGCAUUAUGUUUCGAUCUCUUCGUUGUCCACCACUGUCUGUCCAUCAGCGUGAAACUCAUUACUUCUCCCUCCUCUCAGUUUGAUAACAUAUUGUUUUUACUAAGCCGCCUGCUUUGUGGUCAGGGUUCCUCAAGCUAUUUGCAUUAUCAAUAUUGUUCUGUCGGUUAUUGUUAGACGGGAAUUGAAAUGCUGUCAUCUGUAACAUUGUCUUUACUUAAUUUUCUGUGUGUCAUUGAGUCUUUUCCUCCCUCAAAAGCAAAAACAAAGUGUUCAUAUCUUCAAACCACAAAAAAAAAAAAAAAAAAAACCAAAACACAGGCAGUAUCCCUCCUCUUCAGCAGUGAGUCAUGUCACUGUUUUGUGUGAAUGAACUCAAACUCUGUGUGUGUGGGUGUGGGUGUGUGGGGGUGUGUGGGUGUGUGUGUGCGUGUGCGAGUGGGUAUGUGGGUGUGCAAAUAGAGUAUGUGCACACGCUUAAGGUCUGUCAUUUCUCUUUGUAAGUGCUAUGCAAGUACAAAAGAAAAGCAAAGCAUUUUUUGACUUCUUUUGUUUCCUGGAAGAGUAAUUCUAUUUUUUCAGACCAGGGCAUUGACAGGGUUCUGAUUUUGUAUCCUAAAGUGGUUAAAGAGAGGUGACGGUAGUGGGAAUCCUCCAUUUGGAUCAGAGGGAUUGGAUCAGUAAACAAGGAAGCGACAACUGAAAAAGCACACGUGGAAGAGGAAAACAAAAUUUGGUGCAAUGGCUACAAUACUGGUUGUGACUAACAUUAUGAAACUCGUGCCCUGCAGAUCUUUUGCGUGUGAGGAAAUAUCAACUGAACAUGACCGGUCCAGUACUUUGGAUCCCUAAACACUGCAGGACUAUUUUCUUUCCUCGAAUCUCGUGACAGAGACUGGCUAGCUGUAGACUACAGUGUUCAUUUGUCCAGAUUUCUCGAGUGUCUGUUGGAUCUUUGGCCAUAGCUCUGGAUCAUUCGUGCUGGAACUGGACAGGAUUCUACCUUGCUCCCAUCAAAGAGAAAACAAUUAGCCUUUUGUUCAAGAAGUCAGACAUUUUUACAGAAAAACAAAACAAAAAACCAACAAACAAAGAAAACAAAACUGAUUCAGUGACAUUAUUUUAUCUCUGUAAAGUACCAAUUGUAAAUAAACGUCUAGCCUUCUUACCUGUAACUAAAUAUAAUUUUUAUGCAAUAAAUUAUAUUUCUUAGUUUAA